AUGCCGGUGCGGCGGGGCACUCGCCCCCAGAACACCUUCCUGGACACCAUCAUCCGCAAGUUCGAGGGGCAGAGCCGCAAGUUCAUCAUCGGGAACGCGCGGGUGGAGAACUGCGCCGUGAUCUACUGCAACGAGGGGUUCUGCCGGCUCUGCGGGUACUCGCGGGCCGAGGUGAUGCAGCAGCCCAGCACCUGCGACUUCCUGCACGGGCCCCGCACCCAGCGCCGCGCGGCCGCUCAGAUCGCACAGGCCCUGCUGGGGGCCGAGGAGCGCAAGGUGGAGAUCUGCUUCUACCGCAAGGAUGGCAGCUCCUUCCCGUGCCUGGUGGACGUGGUACCGGUGAAGAACGAGGAUGGCGCUGUCAUCAUGUUCAUCCUCAACUUUGAGGCCGUGAGGGAGCCUGAGCCGGGGGAGGCCCCAGCCCCCAGCACCAACCACUGGGUCACCCCGGCCCCCUGGGGCCCUGCAGGGCGCAGCCGGUCCCUGCGGCUGAAGCUGCUGGCGCUCACAGGCAGCCGCCAGUCGCUGCCGCCGGAGCCGCCGGAGCCACCGGACGUGGUGGUGGUGGACCCGGGGGUUGUGGACCCGCUGGUCAUGGAGCCGGCCCUGCCUGGCAGCGACUUGGGCCCUGAGGAUGCCUCGUCCUCGCUGGAGCCAGGGGCUGGGGACCGUCCCGAGGACGAGGCAGCGUUGAUGGGGGACUCCGAACCGCCAGCGACACAGUCGUCCCCGCGGGCCGAGCGCCUGGCGCUGGCCUUCAUCAACCACAGCCUGGCCCGGAGCCAGUCCCAGGAGCGCCGGUCCCGGGAGAGCCUCCGCAGCCUGCGCCGGGCAUCGUCCGUCGAUGACAUCGAGGCCAUGAAGGGUGACGGGGACAAGCGCUGCCACAACCGCCACACCAGCGCCAGCGCCGGCCUGCACCGCGGCUCCAGCACUGGCGCGGUGGCCGCUGUGCGCAGCGCUCUGCUCAACUCCACGUCGGACUCGGACCUGGCGCGGUUCCGGGCCAUCGGCCGCAUCCCACAGAUCACCCUCAACUUCGUGGACCUGCAGCCAGGGGGGCUCCUGGCCCCGCCACCGGCCCCCCGCCCCAUCAUCGCCCCCACCAAACUGCGCGACCGCACCCACAACGUCACCGAGAAGGUCACGCAGGUGCUGUCGCUGGGUGCUGACGUGCUCCCCGAGUACAAGCUGCAGGCGCCGCGCAUCCACCGCUGGACCAUCCUGCACUACAGCCCCUUCAAGGCGGUGUGGGACUGGCUGAUCCUGCUGCUCGUCAUCUACACAGCCAUCUUCACGCCCUACUCGGCCGCCUUCCUGCUCAGCGACUCGGAGGAGGCCCAGAGGCACCACUGCGGCUACUCCUGCAGCCCCCUCAACGUGGUCGACCUCAUCGUGGACAUCAUGUUCAUCAUCGACAUCCUCAUCAACUUCCGCACCACCUACGUCAACUCCAACGAGGAGGUGGUCAGUCACCCCGCCAAGAUCGCCAUCCACUACUUCAAGGGCUGGUUCCUCAUUGACAUGGUGGCCGCCAUCCCCUUUGACCUGCUCAUCUUCGGCUCCGGCUCCGAGGAGACAACGACACUGAUCGGGCUGCUGAAGACGGCGCGGCUGCUGCGGCUGGUGCGGGUGGCACGGAAGCUGGACCGGUACUCGGAGUACGGGGCGGCCGUGCUGUUCCUGCUCAUGUGCACCUUCGCCCUCAUCGCCCACUGGCUCGCCUGCAUCUGGUACGCCAUCGGCAACGUGGAGGGGCAGAGCACGGGCUGGCUGCACGCCCUGGGCCAGCAGAUCGGCAAGCCCCUCAACAACAGCGACCCCCGCCGAGGGCCCUCCAUCAAGGACAAGUACGUCACCGCACUCUACUUCACCUUCAGCAGCCUCACCAGUGUCGGCUUCGGCAACGUGUCCCCCAACACCAACUCCGAGAAGAUCUUCUCCAUCUGUGUCAUGUUGAUCGGAUCGCUGAUGUACGCCAGCAUCUUCGGGAACGUGUCGGCCAUCAUCCAGCGGCUGUACUCGGGCACGGCGCGGUACCACACGCAGAUGCUGCGGGUGCGCGAGUUCAUCCGCUUCCACCAGAUCCCCAACCCGCUGCGCCAGCGCCUCGAGGAGUAUUUCCAGCACGCCUGGUCCUACACCAAUGGCAUCGACAUGAACGCGGUGCUAAAGGGGUUCCCCGAGUGCCUGCAGGCCGACAUCUGCCUGCACCUGAAUCGGAGCCUGCUGCAGAACUGUGCCCCGUUCCGGGGAGCCACCAAGGGCUGCCUGCGGGCGCUGGCCAUGAAGUUCAAGACCACGCACGCGCCCCCCGGGGACACGCUGGUGCAUGCUGGGGACGUGCUCACCGCGCUCUACUUCAUCUCCCGCGGCUCCAUCGAGAUCCUGCGUGGGGACGUCGUCGUCGCCAUCCUGGGUAAGAACGACACCUUCGGGGAGCCGCUGCAUCUCCACGCGCGGCCGGGGAAGUCGCGGGCGGACGUGCGGGCGCUCACCUACUGCGACCUGCACAAGAUCCUGCGCGAGGACCUGCUCGAGGUGCUCGACAUGUACCCCGAGUUCUCCGACCGCUUCUGGGGCACCCUCGAGAUCACCUUCAACCUGCGCGACACCAACAUGAUCCCCGGCUCCCCGGGCAGUGACGAGCUGGACGGAGGCUUCUCCCGGCUCCGGCGCCGCAAACUCUCCUUCCGCCGGCGCCCCGAGAAAGACGCUCCCAGUCCCGAGAAGCCCCGGGCACUGCGGGAGGGCAAUGGGGGGGGUCAGGCCCCCGGCGCCCCCCGAGGCCCGGCCGAGUGGGACCCCCCCAGCCCCUCCAGCUGCGGCUCCAGCGAUGAGGAGGAGCCUCCCGCGCCCCCCCCGGGGGCCACCGCGCUGUCCCCCUUCCGCAGUGCCCGCCCCCCCGAGCCCGAGGAGCACGAGGGCAGCGACAUGUGCAACCCCCUCUCAGGCGCCUUUUCGGGGGUCUCCAACAUCUUCAGUUUUUGGGGUGACACCCGGGGCCGCCAGUACCAGGAGCUCCCCCGUUGUUCCCACGGGGCCCCCCCAAAUCCCACCCCGUCCCUGACCCGCCGCCAGCGCUCUGACCUGGAAUCCCGCUUGGAUCUGCUCCAAAAACAGCUCAACAGGCUGGAAUCCCGGCUGAGCACGGACAUCUCGUCCAUCGUGCACCUGCUGCAGCGCCAGGUGUUGGUGCCCCCUGCCUACAGCACCGUGACCUCCCCCCACCAACCCCCCCCGGGGCCGCUGCAGCCUCCCCUGCCCAUCACCUCCCUGCGGCCGCUCGCUCAGGUCCCGCACCCGCCGCGUGCCCCGGACCCCCCGGAUGUGGUGGUGCUGCUGGAGCCGCCCCCCCCACGGCGACGUUCGCUGCCCGGGGCGCUGCCCCCCCCCGCGGGGACCCCCCCGGGGACCCCCCCGCUCCAGAGACACUGCUCCGACCCCGGCAGCUAAUGGGAGCACCGGGGCGCGGCGGGACCCCCGGAGCCACGGGACCCCCGGAGCCAUGGGACCCCCGACCCCGGAAAGUGGCACCCCCGGAGCACUCGGACCCCAGGACCUGGGACCCCUGGAGUCCUGAGGCCCUGGCACAUGGAACCCCCAAAGCCACAGGACCCCCAGACCCCAGAAUGUGGGACCCCCCAAACUUGGCACCCCUGGACACCAUGACCUGGGACCCCCCGAGUCAUAGGAUCCCUGACCCUGGAAUGUGAGACCCACGGAGCCCAGGAACCCUGGGACCCCCAACCCUGCAAUGCAGGACCCCCAGAGUCCUUGGACCCCCACAUCCUGGGACCUGGGACCCCUGGACCCCAGCAUGUGGGAUCCCUGGAGCCACAGGACCCCUGACCCCAGCAUGUGGGACCCCCAACGCCCAAGACGUGGGACCUCCAGAGCCCUGGGACUCCUGACCCCAGAAUGUGGGACCCCCACACUUGGGACAUGGAACUCCCAGAUUCUGGGAGCUGGGAGCCCCGGAGCCGUGGAGACAUGGGGCUCCUGGACCCGGUGAUGUGGGACCCCCAGAGCCCCCACCCCUGGACCCUGGCCUGCCAGUGGGCCCCAGCUGCUGCUCCCCACGGACACUGCCCCCCAGUGCCGGCAGGGGGGCUCAGGACCCUGGGGACCCCCUGCUAUCCGACCUCCCCCGGGUCCCCCUGCCUCGGACUGUCGGAUUCUGCUGCUCUUCCUCCUCCUCCUUCCAGAGCCCCGAGCGCCCCGGGACCCCCCGCGGUCCUUGGGCUGGCGGGGGUGGGGGUGCACACAGGUGUGUGUGUGCGCAGGGCUGUGCACAGGUGUGUGUGUGCACAGGUUUGUGUGUGCACAGGGGUGUGCACAGGCGUGUGUGCACAUGUGUGUGUGUGCACAGGUGUGUGUGUGCACAGGAGUGUGCACAUGUGUGUGUGCACAGGUGUGUGUGCACAGGGGUGUGUGUGCACAGGAGUGUGCACAGGUGUGUGUGCACAGGUGUGUGUGCACAGGUGUGUGUGUGCACAGGUGUGUGUGUGCACAGGGGUGUGUGUGCACAGGUGUGUGUGCACAGGAGUGUGCACAUGUGUGUGUGCACAGGUGUGUGUGCACAGGGCUGUGCACAGUUUUGUGUGUGCACAGGUGUGUACACAGGUGUGUGUGUGCACAGGGCUGUGCACAGGAGUGUGCACAUGUGUGUGUACACAGGUGUGUGUGUGCACAGGUGUGUGCACAGGUGUGUGUGCACAGUUUUGUGUGUGCACAGGUGUGUGUGUGCACAGGUGUGUGCACAGGAGUGUGCACAGGUGUGUGCACAGGUGUGUCCCCGUGUCCUGUCCCCAGGACGUCACGCGUGUGUCGGGGGGUCCCGCUGUGCCGGGACACGUGUGCUGCCCCCCCAUCCGUGUGUGUGUCCCUGCCGUGUCCCCCCACCGGGACAGCCCUGCCGGGCUCCCCCGCACACGUGUGUGAGCACCGGUGGUCUCUGGUGGGGCCGUGUGUUUCCCCCUGCGUGUCCCUGUCCGUGUCCCAGCUGGGGGGGUGGGGACACGUGUGUGCCCUCCCUGCCUGGCUGCGUGUCCCCUUGGAGCCCCCAGAACCCCCAGAGCCCCCCGGGCGCUCCCCCCGCACAGCCGGGUGUCACAUCGCGGUGUCACCCCACGCACAGGGAGGGGGACACGGGGCGGGAGGGGGCUGCCACCCCCAUAGCGUGUGCCGUGUUUGUCCUGUGUCACCCCUGCAUGUCACCCCUGCCGUAGGUGUCCCCAAUAAACCGUACGGAGAC